CAAAGAGCUUCAUACCUCGUAAAUUUUACUAUCCCAAUCUUUUACUUCCCACAUAUCGAUCGCCAGGCGCUUGCGCAUUACCCAAACGCACGCCGAACGCGAAAAUCGACAACGAGCGACUAUAGUUUCAACAUCAUUGCAUCACAGACGUCGCAAUGGACGACACCGAGCGACGCUCCGCCAAGCGCUCGCGAUUCGACCAAACCGAGCCCGAGCCUCGCAAGGCUUCGAGAUUCGACCGCCGCUCUAGAUCGCCGCCUGGAAGACGUUCAGAGUCGGCAAGAGAGCGUAGCCCUCUGCCCAAUGACCAGGCGACAGAACCGAAGAAGUCGCCAGUAGAUGCCGCUGCUGCGGCCGCUGCCGCGGCCGCGCGAAUCAACGCGCAACUCCAAGCGAAAAAGGGCAUUCAGCAUGUCGACGUUCCCCCGAUCAAGACCGCCACUUCUCCUACAGGUGGUGCCCAAUCGCCCGACCCGGCCAACACGAUCAAUGGAGAGAUGUACAUCGCCGACGGCGACUUCAUCAAAGACAUUGAAGUCAACGACCUUCGUAACAGAUAUCUCUUGACCAAGGGGUCGACUCAGAAGAUGAUCAAAGAAGAAACUGGUGCUGAUGUUACUACCCGAGGAAACUACUAUCCCGACAAGAGCAUGGCGACUGCGGCGAAUCCGCCUUUGUACUUGCAUGUCACAAGUACAUCCAAGACUGGACUUGAGCAGGCCGUGGCAAAGAUUGAGGAACUCAUGAAACAGGAACUUCCCGCGCUGGUAGAUGAACGUCGUUUCCGUCGACGCGACCAGGAGCAGGUUGAGAGGGACGAAUAUGGCCGACGCAAAUGGCCCGAGGAGAAGAUCCCUAUCGGUUUGGAGUCCGUCCCCGGAUUCAACCUCCGCGCUCAAGUUGUUGGCCACGGCGGUGCCUACGUCAAGCACAUCCAGCAGGAGACUCAGUGUCGUGUCCAGAUCAAAGGACGUGGUUCCGGGUAUCUGGAGGCAGCCACCAAUCGCGAGAGUGAUGAGGACAUGUAUCUUCAUGUCGCCGGACCUGACCCUAAGAUGGUUGAGAAGGCCAAGGAGCUUUGCGAGGAUCUGAUUGCAAAUGUCAAAGAGCAGUACGAAGAGUUCAAGAGCAGACCUCCUCGUAGUUAUGGUGACCGUGGGGGCUAUGGCGACCGCUCGCGGGGGCACGAUGGCGGCCAUGGCGGAUAUGGAGGCCACGGUCACGGUGGUGAUCGCAGCGAUCGCGGCGGCUAUAACUCCGGAUACGGAGGCCACGGCGGCCAUGGUGGCCACGGUGGUCACGGCGGCGGCGGCGGCUAUGGCGGCCACAACUCUGGGCAAUCAGCAAGCCCUGCUCCUGCCGGCGGUUCUAACAGCCCUGCCGCUGGAGCCGACUACGCCGCUCAGUACGCACAGUACUACGGCAGUCAGGAUCCUUACGCUGCCUAUGGCGGAUAUGCCGCUUACGUUCAAAUGUACCAGCAGUACUAUGCUGCCGCGCAAGCACAGCAGCAAGGCUCGCCCGCGCCUCCGGGAGCAGCGGCAUCCCCUCCACCCCCGCCUCCCAGCGAGGCUGCUCCUCCUCCACCUCCUCCGAGCUCUGCUCCCCCUCCCCCUCCCUCAGGCGCGCCUCCAGGCACCGGAGGAGGUUACGGUGCCGUACCGCCCCCUCCCGGCCUUUAGAGAGAGAGUCAGGAAAGAGGCAAGGGUCUCAGGUGUUAAUGACAGUCGAAAUUGCAAAGCCACGAAGUGAUGGGAAGAAUCAUCAGAGGCGCAUCACUGUAGUAUGUGAGCGGCUUUGUGCAGGAGAUGGUCACUUGGACGUUAAAGGAGGCACAGGUGAAGUUGUAUAUGACUCAACAGACAUAGUAAUAUUACCACAAAACAACACACAUGACGUAUAUGUACAUUUAGUCCUACCAGGG